GCCGAGCCCAGCGGGACGCGGACAGACGCAGCCGCCCGCCCGCCCUGUGCAGAUACUCCUGAGAGAAGGGCUGAGCACCGACACACACCGACAGAGCUGAGAAGCUCAGCGUUGCUGCCGUUCCCCCCAUUCGCUUCGCCGUCAUGGCCCGGGAUUACGACCAUCUCUUUAAACUACUCAUCAUCGGGGACAGCGGUGUGGGGAAAAGCAGUCUUUUACUGCGAUUCGCAGAUAACACUUUUUCAGGUAGCUACAUUACUACAAUAGGAGUAGAUUUUAAAAUUCGGACUGUGGAAAUCAAUGGCGAGAAAGUAAAAUUGCAGAUCUGGGACACGGCUGGUCAGGAGCGGUUUCGAACCAUCACAUCCACGUAUUACAGAGGCACUCAUGGGGUCAUAGUAGUAUAUGAUGUGACCAGCGCAGAAUCCUUUGUAAACGUGAAGCGAUGGCUACAUGAAAUAAACCAGAAUUGUGAUGAUGUGUGCCGGAUACUUGUUGGCAAUAAGAAUGAUGACCCAGCACGCAAGGUGGUAGAGACCAACGAUGCACAGAAAUUUGCAGAGCAGAUGGGGAUUCAGCUGUUUGAAACCAGUGCAAAAGAGAACCUCAAUGUGGAAGAGAUGUUCAACUGCAUCACGGAGCUGGUCCUCAGAGCCAAGAAAGAGAACUUAGCCAAACAGCAGCAACAGCAGCAAAACGACGUCAUCAAACUUACAAAAAACAGUAAAAAGAAGAAAAAGUGUUGCUAACAAGGCACAAAAUGGACUUCUUUGAAAUGGACAGUCCCUUUCACUUGGAAUGUGUAUCAUGAAGUCAAAAAAGAACCUUUUCCUGGGAGGUUGAUGUUUGAAACAGAAUGUGGGAUUUAGCUGGCUCAGUGCUGUUGUUCCUAGAUUUCAGUUUCCGAUUUCCAAUGAAAAUGUCCGUGCUGACUGAGCUCAGUGCCACGAUUUGGAUUCGAUUGUCCCAUUCCAGCUAUCUGUAUGAAUAUACAGAGGAAGAACGAGUGACUGUGUCGCCUGAGUUUAAACCUGUGCAUAAUGUACAGCUAUCGGCUUUAACGUCUCUCCCCUUCCAUCAUCGCUUUGCCUAAUACAUUCAUUCAAAUGCCAAGAAAUCAUGAACUUAGAGCACAUUUCUUUUCUUCCUUUUUUUGAUGAAACAACCUUCUUAAAUCGAGUUGCUGACUAAUUAACGUUGGCACAUUGGUGGCCGCUUCCUCCCUUCAUUUUGCACUGCUGUCUGCUGUAUUAGAUUCCCAUUGACAUUUACCUGAUUCAUAGUUUGUGUAUAAGCAAUCUCGUAAAGUGCUAACCUUCACAGAGGGAGAGAGGGUGGGUUUGCUAUUUGGGCUAAAGAUUUUUAUGAACGGAAUAAAUUUUGUCGAUUUUUCUGAGUUUUUACCAUCCAUUAACUGCUCUGCUAUUGAUACCAAAAUUGGGGUCCAGGGAUCUGGUAACAAUUUAUUCUUCUGUAGGAACAUGCUCACCUUGUACCAUAAUUAGAGGGGGGGAAAAAAUAGGAAAAACAAAUUAACAAAAUAAAAUGUGAAAUAAGGUAAGGACAAUGAAGUGUUUUAAUAAGCAAUCCAUUUUACUUCAGUUUUACUUGUUCCGUCACUAAAGCCAGCAUAAAAGUAGUUUCCUCCAGCACAGUAAAUGCACGUGCCACAGAGCACUUUACACCAGGGGCCGUUACACUUAAAACAGGAUUCUGUCGAGGGUGGGGGGGGGGGGGGGGCAGGAUGGCAUCUUGUGUUAUGGUGAGCCUUCAUCUGUUUAACCUGAUUUGAAAUUUAGUCCACACUGAUGAGAUGAGUCUCCCCUCGGCUACUGGUGAAAGCUGCAAAUGACAUUACAUUGGCUGUCUCUAAAUUCUGAUCCUGUUGAGCACAUGUCCAUGCCACAAAACUGCAGGUCAUUUACAACCAAUUGAGAUUGAAUUCGCAGUCGUGCUCCAACCAGUUUGGUCGGUGUGGAAAAUGGAAACUGCACUCAAGUGGAAGAGGAGGUGCUGUUCAGAGGCUUGUGGCGUGUGUCUGCUGUGUACGAGAAGGUUUGCACAUGAUCUAACCUGUACGAUACCUACCCUGAAGGUGAAUGGCGUGAAUACCGACCCUGGUGUCAAAACUAGGCGGUAAUGUGUCCUUCCAUAUGGAAUGCCUCACCUUGAUCUGCACAAAAUUCAUCCCUAGAAUAUUUUUUUCAAAGGUAACACAUUAAAUGCUAUUAAGGGGAUAAAAAAGGGCAUUUAUUGAAACAAUUUUAAGUUGAAAAUUUAUCCUUAAAUAACUGGUUUUUGUGUGCGAGCGGUUAGACAUGAAUUCACAGGCAUCAAAGGAAAGCACUAUUUUACACAGUACUAAUUGUGGAAUCUAUUAUACUUGAGUGUAUCUUAAUGAUUGGUAUCUGAAGGCUAACGGCAAUUGUAUAUACGCCAUGUGUAAUUAUAUACUGUUCAAAA